CAGCACCACCACCAACAGCAGCAACAGCAACAGCAGCAGCAGUGACAACGGCGGCGAUGAGGAGGCAACCGGUGCACGAACGACAGCAGUAAAGGGGCGCGCAGACAAGAAACAACACAACCGACAGCACAAAGAAAGCGAUGCCAUGCAGACUCGUGUGGACUGGAAGUUGGUCCUGCUCUACACUUUGCUGGUCCUCCAGGUGUUUAUCGUCAUGGUCUACGUGGCCUCCACGCCACACGUCUCCGACAUCAAUGCACCCGCCCUCAAAGAAACCAUCACUUUUGUCAGUUUCGAGUCUUCCCAGCAGGGCAAUUGCUGCGCAAACAGGAGCGCAGUUCCGCGGACCAUCACCGGGGAGAUGAGCCUUCGCGAGGCCAAAACCUUCCGGAUGUUCCAGGCGUUCAACGAGACACUCUGUUGGCGCGGGGGCGUGAACGAGCGUAGGAACAGACGCGAGGCGACGGAGCGGUGUGCUUGCCUCCAAGGCUGGCACGGCUCGGACUGCGGUCAGCCCGAGGUCGUCUGGCGCGCCAUCAUGGCUUCCAAGCAAAAGGUGCGUCUGAAGCGGCGCAAGCUCUCACGGCGUAUACUACACGUCUUCUACGUGAACGAUCACAACUCGGCUAUCGCCGAGGUCAUCGUCGAGGAGCUCUAUCCGGUCGUCGACCUCUUCGUCGUCUGUGACUUCAGUCUCGCAGAGGACAACUUACGCCACAAAUUGGCCAAGGGCUUCCUUACCGAACAACAAGACAAAAUAUUGUACAUUAAUGUGGCGCUGAAAGCCAAAAAGCCAGCGAGAGUAAUAUCAAAAUAUGUUUGGGAUAGAGUGAAGAAAGUUGUGAAAAAUAUCAGGGACGAUGACAUUUACGUUUGGACGGAUGCCGAGCAAAUAUUGAAUGCCAAGGCUUUGAUGUUCCUAAAGAUGUACGAUGGUUGGCCACAACCCAUUGGCUUCCGACUCAGGUGGUCCGUAUUCGGAUUCUUCUGGCAGCAUCCGCUGAAAACAACGAUAACCAUUGGGGCAUGCACCGUGGGACUGAUGCGUGAGGCCCAUCGUUUCAAUUCCCUGGUCCUCGAGAAGGAGUUGACGAACGAAGUGGCCGAGAGGGAGACGCUUGGCUUGGUCAUCGGGGAUCUGAAUCAUUACGGUGGCUGGUAUUGCCAGUUCUGCCAGGGUCCGGCCAACAUUAUAGUCGCGCUACGCGAGAAGAACAGAACGAAAGAGAUGACGCUGGAGAGGAACGUCGACGUCCCCUUCGUCGAGGAUCUCAUCGGCACUGGAAUGUGGUUCGACGAGAAAACCAGUUUGCUCAGAGCAUACAAGUCUCGGGAGUCGUAUUACGCGCCCGAGACUGUAAUGAAUAAGACUUGGAAGUACGACUGGCUGGUCGAGAACUUUUACGCCAAGAUGGAUUAUUAUUGAAUGGACAUUGCUGAAUCACGACGCCCCCGACUGUGAUAUUAACUUGUACUCCAACUCUAUCAGUGUACACUGCAUAUAUGUAUAUCGAAUUUAUACGCCAAAAUUGAUGAUACGUGUUGGCUCAUUUAAACAAAUCUGUUAUAAUUUAUAUUUUUUAUGUAAAAUAAUUAACAAAGACUUAUUAGGUCAACUAUUAGAUAGCUUAAUUAUUUUCUAUAUAAAGUUAUGCUCGUUUCAUUUAAGUUUUUAAGAGGCGAAUGAAUAUUGUCUCGAUUCGGAAGA